AUGUUGCUGUCUAAUUACUUUUUUAUCUUUUUUUUCUUCGCAAGUACGUCAUCUUAUUCAACGAGUCCCUCCUCUUAUUCAACGAGUGCCUCUUCUUAUUCAACGAGUGCCACGAGUGCCUCCUCUUAUUCAACGAGUCCUUCCACUUAUUCAACGAGUCCCUCCUCUUAUUCAACGAGUCCUUCCACUUAUUCAACGAGUCCCUCCUCUUAUUCAACGAGUCCUUCCACUUAUUCAACGAGUUCCUCCUCUUAUUCAACGAGUCCCUCCUCUUAUUCAACGAGUCCCUCCUCUUAUUCAACGAGUCCUUCCACUUAUUCAACGAGUCCCUCCUCUUAUUCAACGAGUCCCUCCUCUUAUUCAACGAGUCCCUCCUCUUAUUCACUAGCAACGUUCUCACGAAAACGAUAA